AUGCCGCCAAAGGCAAUGCGAAGUGUGAGUUGUGGUGUGUGCCGGGAUCCGGAUAAUAGCCGGAUGGUAUGCUGCGACGAGUGCGGAUUAUGGUUCCAUUUCGAGUGCGUGGGUGUGAAUGAGGACAUCGAGGAGAGAGAUUGGAGUUGUUCUGAGUGCGUGGCUAAACGGUCAACUCAAAUCCCAUCGGUCACCGUCACAAAUCUUGCAAGGGAUGGAACGGAUUCCAAGUCGAAAGGCGAACAGGAGCAAGCUAAACAACUCAGCGAAUUUCAGAAGAAGUUGGACCAGAUGCAGACAAGGUUCGAUGAACAGCAGCGGGCGUACCAGGUGCUGCUUGAAGAAAAAGAUCGUGAGCUACUUUCCGUGGUGAAAGAACUCAAAUCCCAGUUCGAAUGCCGUUUGGCAGUUAGAGAGCGAGAGAUACGAGAAGAGCUGAGCGUUCCUAUCGCUCCACCGACUGCAAAUUCGACGGUAGUAGGAAGAAAGGAUAACCGGUCAUCGAGUGAGGUGGAAACGGCGAUGGCAAAAUUGGAAAGGCAGCUUGCAGAGAUGUCAGAGAAGCAGGAGCAGCAAACGAGGACUCUGGAGGAGAGAAUAAGGGCGAUGGAGAUCAACAGAAGUCGGUCCAAUCUUUCGGAUGCUGAUCCCAACGAACUCAGCCGAAGUCAAUUGGCCGCACGGCACGCGGUGUCGAAGGAGUUGCCUACGUUUUCGGGAAAUCCGGAAGAGUGGCCCCUCUUCAUCUCGACGUACGAGAGCAGUACACGGAUGUGUGGCUUCAGCGAUGAGGAAAACCUGCUUAGACUUCAGCGUAGUUUGAGGGGGAGAGCUCUCGAGACAGUUCGAAGCCGGCUGUUACAUCCAGUGGGACUUGAAGGCGUUAUCAAGACUUUGCGAAUGUUAUACGGCCGACCCGAGGUUAUCGUCAAUACGCUAGUCGGCAAGAUUCGGGAAAUGCCAGCACCGAAGACGGAGAAACUAGGAACUCUGAUCGACUUCGGUGUUGCAGUCCAGAACAUGUGUGCAACGAUCGUAGCCUGCGGGUUGAACGAGCAUCUAUGCAACGUAGCACUCCUUCAAGAACUCGUCGAGAGACUGCCACCAACUGUGAAGCUCGACUGGGCCAAACAUCGUCAGACAUUGAAGACGGUUACACUGGAAGACUUCAGCAAAUGGUUAGAGACACUAGUGGAAGCAGCGUGCGUGGUAACGAUUCCGUCGACAGUCGGUGUGUAUACUAGCAAGCCUGAAAGGCGCGUGAGGAAGGAGGAAGUUCAUGUUCACCUCCAAUCCAACUUUGACCAGGCAUCGAUAGCAUCGACGACCUCUACGGUGAUCUCCAAGAAAACCGGAAAGCCGUGUGUGAUUUGCCAAGGAGAAUGUAGCAGCGUGGGGUCAUGUAGGAAAUUUCAAAGGCUAGAAAUUGGGGCAAGGUGGGCAGCGCUGAAGCAGAACAAACUGUGCCGGAAGUGUCUGGCGAAGCAUUUCGGAGCGUGCGCGGUAAAGCGAGCUUGCGGAAGAAACGGCUGCUCAUAUAUGCAUCACGAGCUGCUACAUGAUGAUUUCAGAUACCAGAAAACAGAAAACUCCCGAACAUCGGAUUCCAGGGUCGCUGCUGACACAGUUGCCGAACACUGCAAUACUCACGUCAGCUACGCUAGCAAAGUUCUCUUCCGCUACGUCCCAGUAAUCCUCCAUGGACGAGGCAAGUCCGUUCGUACCUUCGCUUUCUUGGACGAAGGCUCAUCAGCGACGCUAAUGGAGCACAGCUUGUUGAGAGAAUUGGAUCUCGACGGUGAACCGUAUCCCUUGUGUCUAGGUUGGACGGGAGAUCAUCAACGACACGAAAUGAGUUCCGUGAUGCUAGCGAUGGAGAUUUCCGGAGUGCGUGAUACGGAGAUAUACCGGAUGCCGAAAGUGCACACGGUGGAGAGUCUUGCACUACCGCAGCAAACGUUGUCAAUGGCGGAGCUAGCAUUGGACUAUAUCCACUUGGAAAACGUGCCAGCGGACUCCUAUUGCAACGUCCAGCCGCGUAUACUCAUCGGAAUGGACAACUGUCGCUUGGGUUCUGCGUUAGACAGUAGAGAAGGCGGAAAAGUCGAACCGAUCGCUGCUAGAACCCGCUUAGGUUGGAUAGUGUUCGGACCAUGCUCUAAAGCUUCUCAACCAUCGACAAACUUCACGGCGCACCACAGCUUCCACGUGUGUCCGUGCUGCGAGCGGAGAGACGCAGAUCUUCACGGCCUCGUGAAAGCAUACAUGUCUCUGGACAGCACCGGAGUAACGAGUUCCGUCAAACCACUGUUAUCGAAGGACGACGAGCGAGCGGAACAGUUACUGAGAUCCUUAACGUGUGUGAAAGGGAAGCGAAUGGAGACCGGACUACUUUGGCGGUACGAUGAUGUUCGUCUGCCAGAUAGCAAAUCGAUGGCGAUGAGACGACUGGUCUGCUUGGAGAAGCGUAUGCAGCGGGACCCUGAACUAGCUGAAUCGGUGAAGCAGAAGCUUCGGGAUUACGAAAGAGCCGGGUACAUCGAGAAGCUAACGAAAGGUCAAUUGGCAGAGAAAUUCGAUCGGGUUUGGUAUCUCCCAAUCUUUCCGGUAGUUAAUCCUAACAAACCAAAAAAGAUGCGCUUAGUUUGGGAUGCAGCCGCUAAAGUCUCGGGAGUUUCGCUGAAUUCGUUCCUGCUAACAGGACCGGAUCAACUAACCUCUUUGGUAUCCGUACUACAGCGUUUUCGAGAGUUCCGCAUCGCCAUCACAGUGUUUAUCAGUGUAGAAACAGAAGAAGAGGCGAUACAGCUAGCGAAAGAUGUCCGGCACGUCCACGCGGAAGCGGGGUUCGAGAUACGGAACUGGCUGUCGAACUCGAAUCGAGUAUUGCAGCAAUUGGAAGCAAAUCCCGGCGAAAAGAGUCUAAACCUGUCGAGUGAGAUGGCGACGGAGAAAGUUCUUGGCUUGUGGUGGUGUACUGCGACCGACACGUUCACCUUCAAGAUAUCUCCGAGAAUCAACGCCGAACUACUGCAAGGUGGCAUCGUUCCAACGAAAAGACAAAUUCUAAGCACACUAAUGACGAUCUACGAUCCACUGGGUCUACUGGCUCACUUCCUAAUGUUCCUGAAGAUAUUGCAGCAGGAAAUCUGGCGGAGUGGUGUAAGUUGGGACGAACCCAUCAAGAACGAGCAGUUUGAGAAAUGGCAGACAUGGUUACACGUCCUUCCGCAAGUGGAAUCUGUCAGCGUGCCAAGGUGUUACCGGAUGAAAACGAGCUUAAGUGAUCGGAAUGCGAUCCAGCUACAUGUGUUUGUGGAUGCGUCAGAGAACGGUUUUGCUGCAGUUGCCUAUCUGCGGUUCGAGGAAGACGGUGAAGUGGAUUGCGUUCUGAUCCGCGCGAAGACAAGAGUGGCUCCGCUGCGAUUCGUGUCGAUCCCUAGACUAGAACUACAAGCUGCAGUCAUCGGAGCCCGCCUUGCAAACGACGUUAUGGAGACACACAAACUGAAACCUGCGCAACGAUUUUUCUGGACAGAUUCACGAAAUGUCCUCUGUUGGCUUAAUUCCGAUCACCGGAAAUAUAAUCCAUUCGUCGCGGUGCGGAUUAGCGAGAUGCUGGAGUUGACAGAGACAUCAGAAUGGAACUGGGUCCCAACAAAGCUUAACAUCGCUGACGAGGCAACGAAAUGGCAGAAGCUGCCGGAUCUCUCUCCUACUAGUCGCUGGUUCCGUGGUCCUGACUUCCUGUGGGGAGCGAAAAAGGAAUGGCCUGUCAUCCAAUCCAAAUUCGAACAGACCGCAGAAGAAAAGCGACCACAUGUAUUGCACCAUUCCGUUGAGCGCGCCCUAUUCCGAGGACCUCUAACGCAAGAGGAAUUUGAGAAGGCGGAGCUCUUCAUCCUCCAGUCGGUGCAAGAUUCGGAAUUCGAUAAAGAAAAAGCCCUGCUGCUGAAGCCGAAGCCGUUACCCUGGAAACACGUGUUGCCGAAGAGCAGUUUGUUAUACAAACUUAGCCCAUUCAUCGGUGGAGAUGGACUGUUGCGAAUGAAAGGUCGCAUAGAUGAAUGCACACAUGUGGAGGAGUGCACAAAGCAUCCAAUCCUCUUGCCCAAGCAACAUCCGGUUACGGACCUUAUCAUAGCUAGUAUCCAUCAGAAGUUCUGUCACAUGAAUCAUCAGACAACGCUUAACGAGAUCCGGCGCAGAUUCUACGUUCCAGGACUGAAAUCGGCCUACAAGCGUGUUCGAGAACGGUGCCAGCUCUGCAAGAUUCGUCAGGUGAAGCCCGAAGCCCCGGAGAUGUCUGGUCUACCGUCCGAGCGUUUGCAAGCCUUCUGUCGUCCUUUCUCCUACGUCGGUAUCGACUACUUCGGACCAAUUGAGUCAGGUAAAACAGUAGUGACCUGUCUAACUAUGCGAGCAGUACAUCUCGAAGUCGCCCAUAGCCUCACCACAGACUCGUGUAUCCUUGCCAUCCGAAACUUCAUCGCCCGAAGAGGUACCCCAGUGCAGAUAGUUAGCGAUCGCGGCACCAACUUCAUCGGAGCUAGUCGCGAGCUGAAGGAAGCCUUACAGCAAGUGAACCAGGACAAACUGAUGGACUAUUUCGUCACACCUGAUACGAAAUGGUCGUUCAACCCGCCCGCAUCACCACAUUUUGGCGGAGUCUGGGAACGCCUCGUUCAAUCCGUGAAGAAAGCCCUGAAGCACCUACAAGUCACCCGCACACCCACUGACGAAAUACUAAGAAACACACUCACCGAAAUCGAGCUUAUUAUCAACUCCCGACCUCUGACCGAAUUACCACUUAACGAUGAGUUUUCCCAAGCGCUCACUCCAAAUGAUAUCUUGAUCGGUUCGUCAGACGGUUCAAAGCCCCCGAUCGCGUACGACGACAGUAGCUACGCCGUGAAGCACACCUGGAAGAUGUCCCAGGUUUAUGCUAACCGAUUUUGGCGUCGUUGGAUAGCUGAGUUCCUGCCCACACUUACACGGAGGACGAAGUGGUUCAACCGAGCCAAACCGAUCGCCGAAGGAGAUAUCGUUGUCAUCGUAGACGACGCACUGCCAAGGAACUGUUGGCCGAAAGGUCGUGUGGUGCGUGCAGUCCGCUCUAAAGAUGGACAGGUUCGACGUGCCGUUGUACAGACCGCACAUGGAAUCUUGGAGAGACCCGCGGUGAAACUAGCAGUGUUGGACGUCGGUGCAAAUGUUGGUACGUCGAAUCGUUGA